AUGAAUGGCAGGGAACACAGACGAGGCGACGAGGCGGCGAGGCGCGAGGCGCGGUCUAUCCUCUUUCAGAACCAAGACCGCAGCAUCGUCCUCAUCGACGUGCCCACGUCUAUUGAAGAGGCUCAAGCGUCCCCUGAAGAGGUCGGAUGCGAUGCUGGUCCGUUGAGGAAGAGGAGGAGGCUUAUCUCGUCCGAGCCGCCUCACCUGCCCUUCAAGACGCCCGAGCCUAAGGCUGGCUCAGGCGGCCUUACAGAAUCGGUGUCGGAUCUCAUGAUUGCAGCCGCCGCUACGGAAGCUCUAAGGGUGCUGCAAGAGUCGUACGCAGGUCCUUUCUGUCUGCCUCGUGUUACGAGACCAAACCCCCUCAAGUCUGCUUUUGUUCCCAAAGGCUCAUUCUUCCUGCACGGCACGGUCUCCUCUGAACGAGACCGCUUCGCCGCUGAAGCCCCCGUGUUUGAUCUCAUCGUCCUCGAUCCUCCCUGGCCCAACCGCUCCGCACGCCGGAAGCAGCGCAACUACAGAGUAGCGGACAGCCUCGGCUCGAUCCGAGAAACGCUGUCCCUCAUCCCCAUCGCUGCCCACCUCGCCCCAGACGGACUGCUUGCCGUGUGGAUCACCAACAAGGCAGGCGUCGUCGAGCUCUUGACAGGCCCGAGAGGUCUGUUUGCCCAGUGGGGUCUGGAACAGGUCGACGAGUGGACAUGGCUGAAGAUCACCACAUCCGGAGAGCCGAUCGUGGAUGUCGGUUCAACCUGGCGGAAGCCAUGGGAGCGGAUCCUGAUAGCUCGCAGGCGUGGAAGCAGUAGGAAACCGGCCUGUCGAGGCCGGGUUCUUGUCUCUGUGCCAGAUCUCCACUCGCGCAAGCCUAACUUGCGUGGUCUUUUUGAGGAUGUACUUGUCCCAAGCAACAAGGGUCUUGAAAUAUUCGCCAGAAAUCUCACCGCAGGAUGGUGGAGUUGGGGAGACGAGGUUCUGAAAUUCCAGCAGCCCGAGUACUGGGUAGAAUCGUAGCCACGAUGAAAAGCUGACUCUUGAGCUAUGUG